AUGGGCGAGGAGUACUUCGAAUGGACCGUCCCGCAACUCAAGGAGCACUUGAGAGCUUUGGGAGUGGCCUCCACAGGCUCCCGAGACUUCCUCCUUCAACGCAUGAAGAUGUUCGCCUCGCCGGGCAAAGCAAAGCCAGCCACCGCCAAAGCGGCGACGUUGCCAAUCAGCACCAGUUCCAAGGCCAGCAAGGCCAAGCCCGCAGCUUCGAAGCUGAAGGUGGCCAAGGCACUUGCCAAGGCCCCGAAGGCCACGAAAGGGAAGAAGAGCGUGGCCGCUGACAAGAAGAAGCUGGCAAGGAGCAGUUCCAAGAGGACGGAGGACCUGGGCGAUCUGCACUCGCCAGUAGCCUCGCUCAACGGCUGCCUCAAGAAGGUCCCGACCGUCGACGUGUCGAAGGCAGUCUUCGGACCGGGGCCCUGCCUGAUGAAAGCCCUGCCGGGGAAGGCCCCCGAGGCCAAGAUGCGUAGGAUGCUUGAGGCUCACGAGUUCGAGUGCAAGGCCCUGAAACCAGCGGGCCUGUCCCUCCAGCAGCGCCUGGCCAUUCGACUCUACACCGCAGAGGACCCGAUUCCCAUCUACAAGGUGUUGAAUGCUCCAUUCCAUGCAUCCUCGCGGAGUCCGAGCACCAUCGCAAACCAGGCACCCUUCCUCAAGGUCAUGGCACAGGCAGUGAAAGCCUUGACGAAAGCGGGAAAGGCCUACACCUACAGUGGGCCCGCCUACCGCGGGAUCAAGGUCGCAAAGAGUCCUCUAUUGAAGAAGAAGUACACGAACUACCGCGACACCUUCAAAGUGGGCAGCCGGCUCACCUUCGCUGCCUUCACCAGCGUCUCUCUUUCCGACAGCACGGCCGAAAGCUUUGGAGAUCGGAUCCUUUUCCAGUUCACCAACGUGCGGGGCGUCCGCAUCGCCGACCUUUCGGCGAUCCCAUCAGAACUGGAGAUCCUGGUAGAGCCACCCGCAGUCUUCGAGGUCAAAAGCUGCGCAAAGUUUCACGGCGUGCUGAGCGUGGUGCUGGAGUCUGUCGAGUCUCCGAUGAAAUACUUGUAG